AGAAGGAGAAUACAUAAAAAUGUUUAUGCGAGGUCGACCAAUCACAAUGUUCAUUCCUUCGGAUGUGGAGAGCUAUGAAGACAUAAGAACAGAACUGUCACCAGAGAAGUUAAAAAAACUGGAGUGGGUAUAUGGUUACCGUGGGAGAGACUGUCGAGCCAAUGUUUACCUUCUCCCUACCGGAGAAAUUGUAUAUUUCAUAGCAUCUGUUGUAGUUCUGUUCAAUUACGACGAGAGGACUCAGCGCCAUUAUCUUGGUCACACAGAUUGUGUUAAAUGCAUUGCUGUUCAUCCAGACAAAAUCAGAAUAGCAACUGGACAGAUAGCUGGUGUGGACAAAGAUGGAAGACCUUUACAACCACAUGUGAGAGUCUGGGACUCUGUCAGUUUGUCUACAUUGCAAGUUAUUGGUCUUGGGACCUUUGAGCGGGGUGUUGGAUGUCUGGAUUUCUCCAAAGCGGAUUCUGGGUCACACUUGGCGGUCAUUGACGACUCCAAUGAGCAUAUGCUGACAGUGUGGGACUGGCAGAAGAAGUCAAAAGUGGCAGAGAUUAAGACUACGAAUGAGGUGGUCUUGGCAGUUGAGUUCCACCCAACUGACCCCAGUACGAUAGUGACCUGCGGCAAGUCGCACAUCUUUUUCUGGACCUGGAAUGGCAAUUCUUUGGCGAGGAAACAGGGAAUCUUUGGGAAAUAUGAGAAACCAAAGUUUGUGCAAUGCUUAGGCCUUCCUUGCCAAUGGUGAUGUGCUCGCUGGAGAUUCAGGAGGCGUCAUGUUAAUAUGGAGCAAAACUCCAGUGGAAUCCACAGCCGGAAAAGGAGUGAAAGGUGUCUACCAAAUAAGUAAGCAGAUCAAAGCUCAUGAUGGCAGCGUGUUCACACUGUGUCAGAUGAGGAACGGUAUGCUGCUUACUGGAGGUGGCAAAGACAGGAAGAUUAUUAUGUGGGAUCACAAUCUCAACCCUGAAAGGGAGAUCGAGGUUCCAGAUCAAUAUGGCACCAUCAGAGCGGUGGCAGAAGGCAAAAGCCGACCAAUUCUUAGUUGGAACAUCUCGGAAUUUUGUUUUGCGUGGCACUUUUAAUGACGGUUUUCAGGUGGAAGUUCAGGGUCAUACAGAUGAGCUCUGGGGAUUGGCAACCCACCCCUUCAAGGAUCUGCUCUUAUCAUGUGCUCAGGACAAGCAGGUCUGUUUGUGGAACUCUGUAGACCACACGCUAGAAUGGACCAGACUGCUAGAAGAGCCUGGACACUGUGCUGAUUUCCAUCCUAGCGGAAUAGUAGUAGCAAUUGGAACACAUUCUGGGAGAUGGUUUGUGUUAGAUGCAGAGACACGGGAUCUGGUUUCCAUACACACAGAUGGCAAUGAGCAGCUCUCCGUGAUGCGAUACUCCGUCGAUGGGACGUUGCUUGCGGUGGGUUCCCAUGACAAUUUCAUUUACCUCUACAAUGUCUCAGAGAAUGGAAGAAAAUAUAGCAGAUACGGAAAAUGCACUGGACAUUCCAGUUAUAUUACACACCUUGACUGGUCCCCAGACAACAAAUACAUAAUGUCAAACUCAGGAGACUAUGAAAUAUUAUACUGGGACAUUCCAAGUGGUUGUAAAUUAAUUCGGAAUCGUUCAGACUGCAAAGACAUUGACUGGGCAACAUACACUUGUGUGCUAGGAUUUCAGGUCUUUGGAGUGUGGCCAGAAGGAUCAGAUGGAACAGAUAUCAAUGCAUUAGUGCGAUCUCACAACCGAAAGGUUAUUGCCUUGGCCGAUGACUUUUGUAAGGUCCAUCUGUUUCAGUAUCCAUGCUCUAAACCAAAGGCUCCCAGUCACAAGUACAGUGCCCACAGCAGCCAUGUAACUAAUGUCAGCUUUACACACAACGAUGGCCACCUAAUCUCAACCGGAGGGAAGGACAUGAGCAUCAUGCAGUGGAGACUGAUAGAAAAAGUGUCACUCUCUCAAAAUGACAAUAUAGUGGAAAUAAGUUCUGCCAGUGUGCCAGCUGUAAGUGAAAAAGUAGUUCAAGAAAGCUCCCCCACCUCUGAGACACCUCCAGCAAAUGAGGACAGCACUCCUGUGGAGUCUCCAGCAACUCCGGCAGAAGAUGCCGUGGAAGCAGAAGUUGUACCAGAUGGCACCGAGGAACAAAACGAGGUGCAAAGUGAAGGAAGCAGCCAAGAACCUUUGGAGACAAAUGGCCAAGAGCCUUCUAGUGAAACAAAUGAGGAGACAGCGGAGUCUCCUACCAUAACAGAAUCCCAGGGUGAAGAUUCACCAGUGUCUUAA